UACUCAUCGUUACAACGUAUAGAUGAGUACCUUUGUACUAGCGUUUUUAAUACAAAACCGGUUUAUGUACAUUCUUUGUUCGCUCGAAUGAUUCGAGCUGUAUUUAAUCGGGGUUUUCAUAUUCGGAAAUCAGUUUCUAGCGAGCAACUCUUAGGGACACUCACACAUGGAUUCUUACGAAGUACAGCGGUUAGUAGAUGACAGACUGAAAGAUACCUUGGGAGAUCUUAAGCAGUCGAUGCUUUCUGAUAUGGAGAAACUUUUGGAUAAGAUAAGUGGAAAUUCUACUUUUGAACAUUUAAAUCAGAUUUCUACCAUUUUAACUGGCAUUCCUAAAUUUAAAAGAAAGUCAAACGAAGAGCAGUACAAAUAUAAUUGUAAGAUAACUGCUGCUUUAGAUUCUGCAGACAAAAUGUUGCAAAACGAUAAAAUUAUCGAAAGCAGGGAAAAGAUUGCAGAAGUAAAAGAGCUGGUAGCACACAGACAAAAAUUGAUUCAAUUGGCAGACGGGUCGGACAUGGGUUGGCGUUUAGUUAACGAAUACGAGGCUAACCCAUUGGCUGAUGGGUCUGAUGACGAGAAGAAAAUCUUGAAAGCCGAAGCACGGGCCAACAAGAAAAUGCGAGAGGAAAGGGCGAAGAAAGCACGUUCAGCACGGCAUCCAUAUAAGAGGAAACCGCCUGUUGCUGUCAUGAACCAAACAGUUCCGGUUUCACAGUCAACUUCCCGUCGUCCACCUGGUUUAUGUUUUGCUUGUGGCAAGCCGGGACACUGGAAGGGGUCACAGGAAUGUCCUGUCAGUUCUGCCUUUAAUAACAAUAAGAUAAGUAUUUUUUGUGAUACUAGUGUAUUAAUUGCAGAUAAAAAUGCUAAAGAAACUGUAUCGGUUGUCUUUAAAGAAGGCAUAGAUAUCUCUGAGAAUAAUAAUUCUCAGAUGGUAAAAGAGAACAAUAUUCAUGACGUUUUAUCCCCUGUAGGGCGUUUGAGACGUCAUGCUUCGAAAUGGUCAGAAGCUACGGACAGUAAGUAUAUUUCGGAUGUCAUUAACAAGGGUUAUAGAUUGCCGCUUAAAGACAUUCCAGAAAGAGCCGUGUUAAGAAAUAACAAAUCGGCAAGAGAAAAUUUACAGUUUGUAGAAAAAGAAAUUGAGAAUUUGUUGUCUAAAGGCAUUAUUUCUAGAAGUGAAGUAAUUCCACAUGUAGUAAAUCCUCUCACUGUAGCAUACAACAGAAAAGGAAAACCAAGGUUAGUGUUAGAUUGUAGACACAUAAAUCCGUGUUUGCAUCAAUUUAAAAUAAAAUUUGAAGAUAUUAAAGUGGCAGAGGCUUUAUUUGAACAAAAUUCUUUUUUGUUUACUUUUGAUUUAAAAGGGGCAUACCAUCACAUUGAUAUUUUUGCUGAGCACAGGACUUACUUAGGUUUUUCAUAUUCGAAAAAAGGUCAAGUCAAAUACUUUGUUUUUAAUUCUUUACCAUUUGGCAUCAAAACAGCAGGUCACAUUUUUACAAAAGUAUUGAAGGUAGUAGUUGCUUAUUUACGUUCACAAAGUCAUAGAAUUAUCAUGUUUUUAGAUGACGGAAUCGGUGGCGAUCAAAAUUAUGAACUUGCGUUAAAAUCUAGUGAGUACACAAAACAAACUAUUUUAGAGUUCGGUUUCUUACUUGCAGACGAAAAAUGCAACUGGUUACCUUCUCGAUGUGUCACGUGGUUAGGCCAUAUUUUAGAUAUGGAACAUAAUUUGUUAUUUAUUUCUGAAGAACGAAUUCAGAGGUUUGAAUCUGUUCUUGAUUCUUGCAUUUAUCAAGUUAAGUGCUGCGAAGAAAGAUUACUUCCUGUGAAGCAUUUAGCCGGUGUUGUAGGGCACAUUAUUUCAUUACAAAGCGUUAUAGGAAAUAAAGUACGCUUAAUGACCAGGGAAAUGUUUAAAUGUAUUAAUUCAAGGGCAAGCUGGAAUGCUUGCAUUUUAGUUUCCGUUCAAGCUUUGGAAGAGCUAAUAUUUUGGAAAGAAAACGUUCGUUUAUUGAACCAAAAAGGUAAAAAUUUGAAACACGAUCAUGUGUGUUUGUAUAAUGUAUUUAUAGACGCCAGCGAUGUAGGCUAUGGAGGUUACAUAGAGAAAGCAGAAGUUUUUUCAAAUUUUUCAGAAAAGCUAUCAAGCAGUAUGAUACAUUGUGAAUGUUUAAGUCAGUAUUUUUCACAUGAUGCACAGGGUGAGUUAUUAACAGAAAGGUCGCAAUCGUUUCCGGAAGUAGACAGUAUGGGUAAAGUAGAUUUGUUCCCGGAUGUGAAUUUUUUAGAUUUGUCCCCGGAAGUGGACACAGCAAGUAGCGUAGUUAUAAGUCUGUCCCCGGGGGUGGACACAGCAAAUAACAUAGUUACAAAAUGGUCCCAGGAAGUGGACAUAGAAAAUAGCAUUACGAAAAAAUGGUCCCCGGAAGUGGACACUGCUAGUAAUUUAGUUAUCAGAUGGUCCCCGGAAGUGGACCAGGCAAGUAAGUGUGUUGCAAAAUGUUCCCCGGAAGCGGAUAAAGCAAACAAGAUAAGUAUGAAAAAAUUUCAGGCUGUAGACAAAACAAGUCCGAUAAUGUCCCAAAAUGAUGGCAUAUCUGGUAAAAAUGUUAAUCGGUCCCCGGAAGUGGACUCGUGUUCAGAGGUUGUAGGCCAAUGGUCUGAAUAUGAACAGUCAUUAAGUUCGACUUGGCGUGAAACAGAAGCAGUUAACAGAGUUAUUUAUUCGCAUUCAAAUAUUUUGAAAAACGCUUAUGUUAAGGUUUUCUCAGACAACAAAAACGUAAAGUCCGUUUUAGUAAAUGGUAGUAAAACGCAAAAUAUACAUAGCAGUGUUGUAGAAUUAAACACAUUGUGUGAAAAAGAAAAUAUAGUAAUUUGCCCUGAAUGGAUUCCGAGGGAAGAUAAUGAAAGAGCAGAUUUUCUAAGCAGAUGUUAUGACUGUGAUGAUUGGAGUGUUUCCUCGUAUGUCUUUCAAUAUUUAAAUCAUAUAUGGGGACCAUAUUCUAUAGAUAGAUUUGCAUCACAUUUAAAUAAUAAAUGCAUUAAGUUUAAUUCACGUUGGUGGGUGCCGGGUACCGAUGGUGUUGACGCUUUGUCAGAAUCUUGGCAACAUCACGUAAACUGGCUAGUUCCGCCCCCUAGGCUGGUUGUAAAAUGUAUACACAAAAUUAUGUGUGAGGGUGCGAACUGCACACUAGUCGUUCCUUUUUGGAAAAGUGCACCUUUUUGGCCUUGUUUAUUUGAUUACUCGGGAAAACAUAGAAAGUUUAUUAAAGGCAUAAUCAAUCUUGGUAGAAAAGAUGUUAUUUGGCCAGGAAAAGGCAAAAACGGUUGUUUUUCAAAAAAUCCAUUGGCUUUUGAUAUGUUGGCUUUGAAGUGUAUACCUUAA